CCGAGCAAGAAGAGAGAGCAGAUCACCUCCACACCCAUGCUGAAAACCACAUUACUCAAAAUCUUCAUUCACCUCCGUGGACCCUAAAACUCCCCAAGUCUGACAGGAUGGAUUUUUUAGACCAUGGCUACUUGGACGCGCGGUCGCCGUACGAUUACACCUUCAAUUUUUGGAACGAUUACCUCGGCCUGUCGACACUUGUCGCUAAGAAUAAGAUCAACAACGCGUCCCUAAGCCCCAACUCUAUCACCGAGUCUCUUAAAGCGACCCUGGGUUUGGACGAUGCACCAGUUUGCUCCUGCGUAAUUGGGCACGGCGGAGACAGCGAUGGACACUUGGACUGCUGCUGCGCGCCGCCGAGCUCCCCGCCGAUCUCCAUCUACGAUCUCAAGGAGCGCAUCUCGCUUCUCAGGCCGUACGAGCAUCUCUCUGGAGACUCGCCGCUGGCGGACAGAGAUUCACCUGCCUACAGGGGAGGCUUCGGCGGCCUCGAUCUGCUCUCCAUGGACAGAAGGCGCAAACAGACUCAGAGAAGCAAGCCCGAGCCGAAGGUCUGCGUCUUCUGUCGGAAUAACGGGGCACCGGAGGAGGUUUUCGGCUCCCACAUCCUGAAGACGGCGGAUGGCAGAGUCCUGUGCCCCAUCCUCCGGGCAUAUACCUGCCCGCUCUGCAGCGCCAACGGAGACAAUGCGCACACCAUCAAGUACUGCCCGCUUUCUAAAGACCAGCCGAGCCAGAGAGUGGCGAAGGGAGGCAGAGCGAUUGGCAAGAGGCUGAAAAUAUUCUAAGCAAAGAAAUUAACGAAUGAAGUUUUAGCUGAUCUGAGAUUGCACUGUCUUCAAUUACUAUUGUGUAUGGCAGUCAUUUUGCCCCCGAUUCAUGCACAGGACAAGUCUGGAAAGCGUCUUAAAGAUUUUAAGAAAAUGAGAUUUUUUUUUUUAAAGGUGUCACUGUUUCAUUUGUAUUGAUUUUCAUGGGCACAUAGUUUACACCUGGACGCAUUGUGCGCAAUAGGUUUUCCCUUUAGCAUCGCUCUGAGGACUUGGUGAUCAAAAUGUUGCUCCACACCUUGACAAAUGAACCAAAGUACUGUACAGAUCGACAUGUGAAUGACUACUUUCAUACUGUAAUCGCAAGUUGUUGCGUUAAAGCGCAGUGCCAGUGAGAACAGCCCAGGUUGUGCAUGUCAGCGGGCUGGUUCGGUUUGUAAGAUGCCAACAUAUAUGAUUAUGCAGCGUUCCUGAUAUGAAAUGAAUGUUAGUCCCAUAGUUCAUUGACUUAUGGAUGUGAGUUUGACAGGCCAUGCAAAAUGCAAGAUAUACUUCUUUAUAUCGAGCACAUUUUCUCUGAGAUAAAUGUUUUCUACCAAAGGAGUACAUUUUUGUAAAGAAACUUAGCCUAAAGGUAAUUUCUGUAUUGUUUCUAUGUUUGAUGUCUUUUAUGCUUUAUGUGCUUUCUUCUGGAUAGUAUUUUACAGAAUUUUACAAGAUUUCACCUGAAUGUAAAAGAAAAGAUGGCGUGAGAUGCAGCUGACCCACACUGUUGCUGAAGUGGGUCUACUUGCAGAGGAUGAGCUGAUCUCCACUGUUUGUAUUCACUGUCAUGGAUUCACUAACACAGUUGCCUACAGCCUGACUCAGUUGAUUUUCAGCACCCAUAUUUCAAGUGGAAAUGUGUAUAUUUGCAAUUCCUGUAAAUGUAAUAAAGGAGUGAAUAAUUUUAGCUAAGAAAAGCCUGACAUUCCAAAGUCUUUAUCUGUCAAUAGAAAUGUUUUAUGUACUUAUUUUUACCUUAUGUAUCACUGGGAAAUAUAUUCACUGUAUAUGGCCUCUGAAUAAACAUGUUAUUUGCA